AAAUCUCUCUUCUUCUCUCUCCUUCCGCUUUUGUCUCUGCCGAAAUCCAUAAAUCUCUCUCUCUCUCUCUCUUCGUAUUUAUUUUAAUCGUCACUUCACCGCCGGUGAGAAACUCGAGAGUUUUUUUUUGAACCUUCACCGGAGGUUACCGGUGGAAAAACACUAUCGAAAUCGAGGUGGUUAGUUUACAGGUGGAGCAGUGACAGCUAAGUUAGAAAGGCGGCGGAACAAAAAAAAAAAAGAAGUCUCAAGAGAGAAAAAUAAAAGUUAAAAUAAAAAAAGUAGUAGUUGAUGAUGAUGAUGAUGAUGAUGAUGAUGAUGAUGAUGAAGAUGUUGGUGGAAGAGACUCGUAUAGGGUUUUCUAAUAGGCGUUGUUGUUCGCUGUUUCUGAACUCUUGUUUAUUAUUGGAGUAAGUAAAAAAAUAAAAAAGCGCCACAGAGAGAGAGAGAGAGAUUGUUUUUUUUUUCUUUGGUUCUGUUUUUUUUGUUUGGGUUGUGAUGGGGAAAGUGGCGGUUGCGUUUGCGGCUGUUGCGGUUGUGGCGGCUUGUUCUGUUGCGGCGAUGAUGGUUGGUAGGAGAAUGAAGAGUAGGAGGAAAUGGAGGACUGUGGUUGAGAUUUUGAAAGAGUUGGAGGAUGAUUGUGAUACUCCCGUUGCUAGGUUGAGACAAGUUGUUGAUGCUAUGGCUGUCGAGAUGCACGCUGGUUUGGCUUCUGAAGGUGGCUCUAAGCUUAAAAUGCUCCUCACUUUCGUCGAUGUUUUGCCCACUGGGAGGGAGAAAGGAACUUAUUAUGCACUUCACCUUGGUGGCACUUAUUUUAGGAUCUUAAGAGUUCAUCUGGGUGCUCAAAGGUCCUAUCUAGAUGUUCAAGAUGUUGAACGACAUCCAAUUCCUUCACAUCUGAUGAAUAGCACCAGCGAGGUUCUUUUCAACUUUCUCGCCUUCUCCUUGGAAAGGUUUAUCGAAAAGGAAGAAAACGUGUCCAAUUCACUAGGUGUUAAGAGGGAACUUGCAUUUACGUUUUCGUUCCCUGUCAAGCAUACUUCUAUUUCUUCAGGAGUUCUAAUCAAAUGGACCAAAGGUUUUGAGAUUAGUGAAAUGGUUGGGAAAGACAUAGCUGAAUGUCUACAAGAUGCGCUGGACCGAAGAGGCCUAAAUAUGCAUGUUGCGGCUCUUGUAAAUGAUACUGUUGGAGCCCUGUCACUUGGAUAUUAUCAUGAUCCAGACACGGUAGUAGCAGUUGUAUUUGGGACAGGUAGUAAUGCAUGUUACUUGGAACGAACUGAUGCCAUAAUCAAGUGUCAGGGUCUGCUUACAACUUCUGGAAGCAUGGUAGUCAAUAUGGAAUGGGGUAAUUUUUGGUCCUCUCAUCUGCCUAGAACUUCAUAUGACAUUGACUUGGAUGCAGAGAGUUCAAAUUCAAAUGAUAUGGGAUUUGAGAAGAUGAUAUCAGGAAUGUAUCUGGGUGACAUUGUUCGUAGAGUAAUUCUUCGCAUGUCUCAAGAGUCUGAUGUCUUUGGACCCACCACGUCCGUAUUAUCUGAGCCUUACGUUCUAAGUACAAAUUCAGUCUCAGCCAUGCAUGAAGAUGACACACCUGAGCUACAAGACGUAACAAGAAUCUUGAAAGAUUUGGGGGUAUCGGAUGUCCCACUGAAGGUGAGAAAACUAGUGGUGAAAAUAUGCGACGUGGUUACACGAAGAGCAGGGAGGCUAGCAGCAGCAGGAAUCGCAGGAAUAUUGAAGAAGAUAGGGAGAGAUGGAAGCGGAGGAAUCACGAGCGGGAGAAGCAGAAGCGAAAUCCAAAUGCAGAAAAGAACAGUUGUUGCAGUAGAAGGAGGUUUGUACAUGAACUAUAUCAUGUUUAGGGAAUACAUGGAAGAAGCUUUGGUUGAGAUAUUAGGAGAAGAGGUGAGUCAAUACGUAGUCGUUAAAGCCAUGGAAGAUGGUUCUAGCAUUGGCUCUGCUCUCCUCGUUGCCUCUUUACAGUCAUGAAUCAUUAUCGUGAUCUGUUCGUAUUUAUGGUUAUAUAUAAAAAUUGGUUAUGUGCGUCAGUCAGUGUGUGUAAAUAAAUUAUUCAAUAUUUGUUUGUUGUUAAUUAUUAUUAUUUUUUAUUCAAUAUAUGUAGUUUUUGUGUAAAUGUUUAGGAAGGUUCUCUUUUAUAAAUUCUUUGGUACUUUUAUU